AUGGAGGAGCUGGCCCGGGAGAGCAUCAGCCUGCUGGCCCGGUCUGCAUCUCAUGCCGACCCACCGAGGCUCGGCUCGUUCGGUGCCGUGUUCAUUAUGCUGAAGUCUGCACUGGGAGCCGGCCUGCUCAACUUCCCCUGGGCUUUCCAGAAGGCGGGGGGAGUUAACACGGCCAUCAGUGUGGAGCUGGUUUCUCUGGUCUUCCUCAUCAGUGGUUUGGUGAUCCUCGGCUACGCCUCGUCAGUGAGCAGACAGAACACGUAUCAGGACGUGGUGAGAGAGGUGUGUGGAGGAGCUGUGGGUCAACUAUGUGAAGUGUGUUUCUGCUUCAACCUCUUCAUGAUAUGUGUCGCUUUCCUGGUGGUGGUGCAGGACCAGCUGGAGAAAUUGAGUAUUUCUCUAUAUGAGACGGUGACGGGCUCCACUGAGGGAGAGAUACCGUAUCACUGGUACACUGACCAACGGUUCUCCCUCUUCAUCAUGUGCCUCCUGAUCAUCCUUCCUCUGUCCAUCCCAAAAGAAAUCGGCAUCCAGAAAUACACAAGUGUGUUGGGGACACUGGCGGCGACGUAUCUGUGCGUAGCAGUGAUUGUCAAAUAUUACCUGAUGGAGAGCCACACUGUUAUCAUAACUCCAGAGCACAGCCAAGGCGUGGGUUCGUGGGCUUCAAUGUUCAGUGUCGUACCGACCAUAUGCUUUGGCUUCCAGUGCCAUGAAGCCUGUAUCGCCAUCUACAGCAGCAUGGAGAACCAGAAGCUCUUCCACUGGGUGGUCAUCUCUGUGGUCUCCAUGUUUUUCUGUUUGCUCAUCUACACUCUAACCGGUGUGUACGGCUUUAUGACGUUUGGACGAGCGGUCGCUUCUGAUAUUUUGAUGUCAUACCCAGGAAAUGAUGUGGUCAUGAUCAUCUCCAGACUCCUUUUUGGAAUAUCAAUCAUCACCAUCUAUCCUAUUAUUCUUCUGCUGGGCAGAUCUGUGAUCCUGAACCUGAUGCUGCGUGUUCAAAGACGUCGUCGGGGAAUCGUCACUCAUUCGUUUGAGAGUCGCUGCAGAGUCGUUCUCACUGUCAUCUGGAUCUCCAUCACUCUCCUCAUCGCCAUGUUCGUCCCUGACAUGGGCGAGGUCAUCAGUGUCAUCGGAGGAAUCAGCGCCUUCUUCAUCUUUGUGUUUCCUGGUCUCUGUUUAGUGUUCACAAUGCAAACUGAACCUGUAAACCCAAGAGUCAGGGUGAUUUUAACAGUUUGGGGAAUCAUAACUAUCGUAGUUGGAGCCUUCAUCUUCGGACAGAGCACGACCAUCGCUGUCAUGGAGCUUUGCAACAAAUUCUGAAAUUCACUUUGUCUUCUCCACAACACUUUCUGCAGCAGCUGCUGCUUUAACUGUGACUUCACAGCAUCUUUUGCACAACUGAAAGUUGCAUUUGUAAAGGUGGUUUUUAGUUGUAUAUAUGAUCCUUUUAUCAAGGUGUUCCACAACCUGGAUAUAAUAUAUAUUUACUUUGUGAGAAUGUAACACUUCUGUGUGUGAGAUGCAUAAAUGUUUUAUUUAAAUGGACAAUUAUAUAAUGUCAAAGAGAAAGAAUGCAUUGUUAGAUAUUUAAUGUGUAGGAAA